GGCACUGUGAUGCGGAUCUCAACCCAGCACGAUGAGCAUCAACUUGUCACCCAAAUAAACCCACGACUGAUUUUUAAAGUUGUUUAGAGGUCGUUUGUCUAUGAUUGAUGUACUUGCUAACACGUUUUUAGCAGUAGAUGUAGCUCCUACAACAAGAACAUCGUAUUACCAGAACACGUGGUAAGCAGGUUUUACUUCGUACAAAGUAAGUUUCUCCAUCCCGAUCCCCCUAGUGGGAUCAUUGGAUCCACCUAAGGAGACCACACGACUUUAUUACACAUAACUUUAUAAGCACGACGUAAGCACAUAAGAGUCAAUCAUGUUAGCUCUCGCCGCAGGUCGGCGCGAGGUGGCGCGCUCGGCCGCGAGAGUUGGCUCCUUUUCGCAGUCUCGGGCCUUUCUCUCUGCCUCUCAUGCCAAACGGAAGGCUUACGGUGACGAGCCGACAAUUGUCCCUGUCAAAGAUGGCUAUAGGGAGCAUCAGGUACUAAUCCUGUUACUCGCGUCAUCUUCAAUUUAUCAUGAUUGAGUAACUAGUAGGUACCCAUCUUUGUUUUACAACGAGAACGACACCAUCUUUGAGCCAGCUUCUACCUGAAAAGAAACGCGGCUCAACAAAGAUGUUCUACAAGAUAGGUAGUAAGUUGUGCUUGUUCGUAGGUCCACCCAUCCGAAUCGACUAACAUCAUCAAGUUGUGCUUGUUGUUGUGGUGCCUGCUCUACCUAAUCAAUCUACUAAGUAACAACGAACAACCGUUGUAACAAAUUUCACCUUCACUCAUCUCGGACAACUCAGGAAAUCCAAGGUCAAGGUCCUUCGUGGUGGCUGCUCAUGAUAGCCGGAUCCUAUUGUUUCCUUGGUGGCACUGCCGGAUUGCAUAAGUUAAGAGAGCACAUCAAAUGGAAAUGAUAGUUUGUGAUGAUGUUACGAGUAGUUCCAGUUUGCUAUUUGCUUGAGUUCUUGCAUAUUGCAUAGCAUGAGUUGUUAAGAAUAAGGGGACGACGACAGUACCCAGGAACCUCCUAAAGAACAAUAUUUUUUUUUACUUGCUCUUCUUCUUCGAACUCAUAGCGUAGGAAACGAGAAGGACUUGGGCCCGAACUGUCAGUCCGAUUGGCAGCGUAAUUUGGGUGGCAUUACAAACCGAGAGCCAGAAAAAAAGGGCCGUCGAUGGGUAGAAGUACCCGAUGAGAAAGGACGGUUCUAAAACGGUCUUUCUCGAUGAACUGAAGUAUACUGACACGAUGAGAAAGGAUUAAGGUCAAGGUUCUAGGCUAUCCGUUGAGAAGGUUCUAGACUUUACAGUGAGAAAAGACUAAGGUAGUUCUAGAGUCUCUGUUGAAGUGUUCAAGAAGUCAGUUCUAGGGCUACCCGAUAAGAAAGGAAGCUUCUUCUAGAAAGUGAAUGGUUAUCAUGCAGCUGGGUAAUGGUACUUUCUGUUGGAGGCAAAUAAUCUUCUAAGUUGUUCCACGACUUAUUUCGUGAACAUGAUGAUGUGAUUUUAAGACAAAAGAGACCACCACGUCCACAACGACCAGCUUCCAUUCGUGGUCGAAGUCGAAAAUAGAAU